AACUGCAGCUCUCAGGUCACCGUCCAAAAAAGAAGAGGAAAAAAAGGUUACAGGUGCGGAUUUAACAGGAUGUAAACUGUUUAAGUCACAUUAGAUCAGCACUCCUGUGUGUCUUCACUGGGCACGUUGCAUAAAACCCCCACUGACGACGUGCAGUCACAGGGCUGCUGCUGCUGUGGGAGUGAGUGGGAGGAGAGACUUUACCUGGAUAGGCCAGAAGCAUUUCCUCCUCUGCCCCUUCUACACCCAGGUUCUCCUCCCCUGGCUCGUCCGCACUCAGGCAGCCUGUCACCAGAGGAGCCCACCAUGAUGAGGAGGAACGACAACUACUGGCCAGUCCCUGGCGAGGAGAAGAACCUGGACCUGGACUUUGUGAACUCCAAUGCCAGGAGCAGCGAUUCCAUACCAAUGAAAAAUCUCUACGGGGACGACGUCUCGCCCCUGUAUCCGCAGCCAGGCCCAUACUUUGCCGACGGGCGGCGGCGGGUGGACUACGUGCUGGCCUACCAGAUCCAGAAGCCGAGCGGUGACCGGCGCCGGUCGUCCAAGUUCGGCGAGAACAACUUCAUCCGACGGCUCCGCCGCAGCCUGAGCAUGAGGAGCAGCCGGGCGCCUCUGCAGCCAAAGGAGGACCCGGAGAUCGCCGCGCAGGAGCAACGGGCCGACUAUCAUGAGGACGACAAGCGCUUCAGGCGGGAGGAGUUCGAGGAGAACCUCCUGGAGACGGGGCUGGAGCUGGAGAAGGAUGAGGGGUGUAAGAUCCCCGGAAUCGGCUUUUUGAAGAUCCAUGCUCCUUGGAAUGUCCUGUGCCGAGAGGCUGAGUUCAUGAAGCUCAAGAUGCCAACAAAGAAGGUGUACGAUGUGAAACAGGGCAGUAAUCUGGUGGAGAAGAUCCGACUGUUCAUUCACAAAGUCACGGCUCCACUCCAUCCAAAAGUAGACGCCAACAGACCGCAAAGCGUCAAAUCCCUCUCUCACCCUUUCUCCAGAGAGAAGCAGCAUCUAUUCGACCUGUCUGACAGGGACAAGUUCUUUGACAGCAAGACCAGGAGCUCAAUAGUCUACGAGGUACUGAAGAGGACAAGAUGCACCAGAGCCAAAUACUCCAUGGGGAUCACCAGUCUGCUAGCCAAUGGUGUCUACACGUCAUCCUAUCCUCCACAUGAUGGCGACAUCGAGGAUGCAAACGCAGAACCUAAUGAUAGGAAGCUGCUGUACCAGGAGUGGGCCAGCUACAGUGUCUUCUACAAGUACCAGCCCAUUGGACUCAUCAGGAAGUAUUUCGGGGAGAAGGUUGGACUGUACUUUGCCUGGUUGGGGGUCUACACACAGAUGCUGAUCCCUGCGGCCAUCGUUGGAGUCAUUGUGUUCCUCUACGGCUGUGCCACCGUCGAUGACAACAUACCUAGCAUGGAGAUCUGCGAUCCGCGGAACAACAUCACCAUGUGCCCGCUGUGCGACCACGCCUGCAGCUACUGGAAGCUGGUGACGGCCUGUGGCACGGCCCGCGCCAGCCACCUGUUCGACAACCCGGCCACCGUCUUCUUCUCCAUCUUCAUGGCCCUGUGGGCGGUCCUCUUCAUGGAGCACUGGAAGAGACGGCAGAUGCGACUCAACUACAUUUGGGACCUGACCGGCUUCGGGGAGGAGGAGGAGGAGGAACAUAAGGACCACAACCGAGCAGAGUACGAAUUCCGGGUCAUGCAGAAGACGAUGAGGCUGGAACAUUCAACCCCAAAGGGGGAGAAGGUGAAGCUGACGUGUACGGACAGAAUGCCAGCUUACUUGACCACUUUGGUCACGAUGUGCUUCCUGAUCGCCGUGACGUUCGCCAUCGUCUUCGGAGUCAUCCUGUACCGGAUCAGCAUCAAGGCGGCGCUGCACAUAAGCAGCUACCCUGCAGCGCGGUCCAACAUCAGAGCCACCGUCAAGACCACCGCCGCCAUCAUCAACCUCAUCAUCAUCAUCGUCUUGGAUGAAAUCUACGGCGCCAUCGCCCGUUGGCUCACCACGCUGGAGGUUCCAAAGACGGACAAGAGCUUCGAGGAGCGCCUCAUCUUCAAAACCUUUAUCUUGAAGUUCGUCAAUGCCUUCACGCCCAUUGUUUAUCUGGCCUUUUUCAGGGGCAGGCUUGUUGGGCGGCCUGGAAAAUACCUGUAUGUCGUCGGAUCGUACAGAAUGGAAGAGUGUGCUCAUGCAGGCUGCCUCAUGGAGCUGUGCAUCCAGUUGUGCAUCACCAUGCUCGGCAAGCAGCUCAUCCAGAACAACCUGUUUGAGAUCGGCAUACCGAAGCUGAAGAAACUUCUCCGGAGGAGGAAGUCAGAGUUGGACUCGAAGCAGGAGGAGGAGCUGAACAACAGCCUGCAGCGCCACGAGAAGGACCACCUGCUGGGUCCGUUCGUGGGCCUCAGCCCUGAGUACAUGGAGAUGAUCAUCCAGUUCGGAAUGGUGACUCUUUUCGUGGCCUCCUUCCCUCUGGCUCCGCUCUUCGCUCUCCUGAAUAACAUCAUCGAGAUCCGCCUGGACGCCAAGAAGUUUGUCAUGGAGCUGCGCAGGCCCAUCGCAGCCAAAGCCAAAGACAUUGGUAUCUGGUACAACCUCUUGAGAGGCCUCAGCAAGGUAGCAGUCAUUGUUAAUGCCUUUGUCAUCUCCUUCACCUCUGACUUCAUCCCCCGGCUUGUCUACCAGUACAUGUACAGCCCCGAUGGCACCAUGCAUGGCUUCAUCGAUCACACCCUGUCGUCCUUCAACGUCAGUGACUUCCAGCCGGGCACAGCCCCGCAGCAGCCGAUGAACCUGGGCCACAAGGUAGAAACAUGCAGAUAUAAGGACUACAGAGAGCCGCCCUGGUCCAACACACCGUAUGAACUAUCCAAGGAGUUCUGGGCCAUUCUGGCCGCCCGCCUUGCCUUCGUUAUUGUGUUUCAGAACGUGGUGAUGCUUAUGAGCGACUUUGUCGACUGGCUGAUCCCCGACAUCCCCAAGGACAUCAGCCUCCAGAUCCACAAGGAGAAGAUCCUCAUGGUGGAGCUCUUCAUGAAGGAGGAGCAGGGCAAAAGACUGGCAGCGCGGGACAACCACCACCGGGACAGCGGUACUUCACCCUCGUCAACCAAUCAGACCCCAACACUGCCGCGCUCGCGGCCCGUAUCCCACACCGACUGCUGUUAAGCUGCUUGCCGUUGGAUCGGAGGACAAAACAAGCACAAACGGCCACAAGCCAACGCCCCCAGCCUGUACACAAACAGUAAAAUAUGACGAUUUUUUUGCAUUCAUGUUGUUUAGGAAGUGCUCACGUUAGAAUUCCCUUAGCGGAGAAACUGGCUGUCAAUUUGUUACAUUUUAAAAACAAGCCAGUCAUAACCAGACAUAAUCUUAUCAGCCAUUGACCAAAAAUCCAGCUAGUAGCAGACAAUACUUCACCACAGGACUUAUGAUCACAAAAUGCAUAACAAUUAUUUAUUGGAUGUAACUCAAAGGAACAAGCCAUUAUCUUCAGGAUGUCUGAGAAAAAUAAUGCCAAACCAGCGACCUAAUGUGAAUCCUUUUUUUUCCGAGGAGCAAGUUUAUACCUCCCGCCUCUCCCACAGGACUGAACUGCAGCGUUUCUGUCAAUCCAUCCACACGGUCCUGGUAUCUCACCGGUGGGCUUCAACGCUGACGGAGAUCCUCCCCUUCUGCCAUCGAUCUGAACAGCUCAGACAAACAGGACUGAAUCUGUUUUGCACAAUUCUAUACAAAUGCAGGGAUUUCUUGAUGUUUUUCUCUUGUAUGCAAUAUGGUCCGGCUCUUGUGCUUUGGUUGUUGGGCUAAAAAAACAGGGUUUCGAAGGAGCUCCGGUGUCAAGCAGCCCAUCGAUUCGUACUUCCUCUUGUAUCGUUACAUUUGUUACAUUUUGAGUGUGAACACACAGCCUGAACAGUGCUCAGUGGCGUUUAUUCCUGGAAGCACAAGUCGCAUUCGUGAUUCAUUCAAAUUUAACUGGAAUUAAAGCUUGGCCUGGCAAGAUUUAUAGUAUAAAAAUUGAUGUUAUGAAAUGACACAUGAAUUUAUUUUUCCUUCGGCGAAAAAAGCAUAAAAGUACAGGAGAGUAUUAGGGCCAGACAUAAGAAGAAAAAAAUGUGGGGGAAGCUUUUUUAUAUAUAUAUAUAUAUAUAUAUAUAUAUAUAUAUAUAUAUAUAUAAAGUCAAAAUGCUGACAAUAAUUUGAAAAUUGUGACCAGGAAGUACUUUUCAGCAGCACCAAACAACCGGAUGUUGAUGUUUUGCUAGCCAGUUUGCUAAGCUAACGCUAGCUUCUAACCAAGUUGUAAAGUUGCGAUAUUAUUAUUGACAGGCUGAAUCUAUAAGCAAGG